AUGUCCUCGCAGGCAAUCCCUCGCGCAACGUCGCUCGCCGACAAGACCUGGGGUCUUGAAAGCCUUACCCAGGCCCGCUUCUCAUUUGAUACCAAGACGACGGCGGCCACCAUCCUAACUGUUGUCAUCUCCCUCCUCAUUCUCGAGCAGAUUGUGUACCGCACCAAGAAGGCCCACCUCCCCGGCGACAAGUGGACCAUCCCGGUCAUUGGCAAGUUUUCUGACUCGCUCAACCCUACGCUUGAAAACUACAAGCGCCAGUGGUACUCUGGUCCUCUGUCAUGCGUCUCCGUCUUCAAUAUCUUUAUCGUCAUCGGCUCAUCGAACAAGAUGGCCCGCAAGAUCCUCAACUCGCCCAACCACGCCGAACCCUGCCUUGUAGCAUCCGCCAAGAAGGUCCUUGACCCCAACAACUGGGUCUUCCUUCACGGCAAGGUGCACGCUGACUACCGCAAGGCCCUCAACGUCCUCUUCACUCAGAAGGCUCUCUCGAUCUACCUCCCCAUCCAGGAGCGCAUCUACCGCAACUUUUUCAAGGAGUGGGCCGCCCAUAAGGGUGCCCGCCCCAUGAUGAUGCCCAUGCGUGACCUCAACAUGGAGACGUCGCUCUCGGUCUUUGUCGGCGACUACAUUACCCCCACCGACAAGAAACUCGUCAACAAACUGUACUGGGACAUUACCACCUCGCUCGAGCUCGUCAACUUCCCCUUUGCCAUCCCCGGCACCAAGGUCUACAACGCGAUCAAUGCGCGCAAGGUCGUCAUGAAGUACCUCGAGAGCUCGGCAGCGCAGUCCAAGGUCCGCAUGGCCGACAUGCAGAACGAGCCCGAGUGCCUGCUCGACGAGUGGACCCGUGCCAUGAUCCUGUCCAAGAACGGCAACUCGGAGGAGGCCAAGCUCCUCUCGCGCGAGUACUCUGACAACGAGAUUGCCAUGGUUGUGCUCUCGUUCCUCUUUGCGUCGCAGGAUGCCAUGUCCAGCGCCCUCGUCUACGCUUUCCAGCUCACUGCCGACCACCCCGAGGUUCUUGAGAAGAUCCGCGAGGAGCAGAUGUCUGUGCGCGGCGGCGACCUCGACGCGCCCCUCACUCUCGACCUCGUCGAGGACAUGGUCUACACCCGCGCUGUCGUCAAGGAGGUUCUCCGCUACCGCCCGCCCGUCAUCAUGGUGCCGUACCUCACCACCCGCAACUUCCCCAUCACCGAGGACUACACGGUGCCCAAGGGCUCGAUGAUCAUCCCUGCCUUCUGGAACUCGCUGCACGACGAGACCUGCUUCCCCGAGCCGGACAAGUUUAUGCCCGAGCGCUGGCUCCCGAACGAGGACGGCUCGGAGCCCCUUGCCGAGAGCAUGCCCCAGAACUACCUCGUUUGGGGCAGCGGUCCUCACAAGUGCAUCGGUCCCCAGUACGCCGGCAUGCACCUGGCCGCUACGCUCGGCACCGCGUCCGUCCUCCUCGACUGGGAGCACUUCCGGACCAAGGAUUCGGACGAGGUAAAGGUCAUUGCGGCCAUCUUCCCCAAGGACGAGUUUAUCGCUUCGUUCUCGGAGCGGGCGGCUAUGUAA